AGAGGAUAACCUGUCCCCUGGUGUGUGCUGUGUUUGUGGCUGUCAUUGGGUCCCUGCAGUAUGGCUACAACACUGGCGUCAUCAACGCUCCUGAGGAGAUCAUAAAGAGCUUCUUCAAUGAGUCCUGGGCUGAGCGGACAGGAGAACCAAUGUCCCCCAACCUCUUGACUUCCCUGUGGUCUCUCUCGGUGGCCAUCUUCACAGUUGGAGGGAUGAUUGGCUCAUUUUCUGUUGGGCUUUUUGUCAACCGGUUCGGCAGGCGAAAUUCGAUGCUGCUGGUGAACAUUUUGAUCAUCGUGGGCGGCAUCUUGAUGGGAUUCUCUAAACUGGCCAAGGCGAUGGAGAUGUUCAUCGUCGGCCGCUUCUUCGUCGGCCUCUUCUGUGGACUCUGCACGGGCUUUGUGCCCAUGUACAUCAGCGAGGUCUCUCCCACUGCUCUGCGAGGGGCUUUUGGCACCCUCAACCAGCUGGGUGUCGUCAUUGGCAUCCUGGUGGCACAGGUCUUUGGCUUAAACGUCAUCAUGGGCACCAAAACUCUCUGGCCCCUCUUGCUGGGCUUCACCGUCAUCCCCGCCAUCUUGCAGUGUGCAGCUCUGCCCUUCUGCCCGGAGAGUCCCCGUUUCUUGCUGAUCAACAAGAUGGAGGAGGAGAAGGCGAAAGCAGUCCUCCAGAAGCUGCGGGGCACCCAGGAUGUGUCUGCAGACAUCCAGGAGAUGAAGGACGAAAGUGCCAAGAUGUCCCAGGAGAAGAAAGUGACCAUCCUCGAGCUCUUCCGCUCGCCCAGCUACCGCCAGGCUAUCCUCAUCGCCAUCAUGCUCCAGCUCUCCCAGCAGCUCUCGGGCAUCAACGCGGUGUUUUACUAUUCUACUGGGAUCUUCAGGGAUGCUGGAGUCAAGGAGCCUGUCUAUGCAACCAUUGGGGCAGGGGUGGUCAACACCGUCUUUACAGUUGUAUCACUCUUUCUGGUGGAGCAUGCUGGACGCAGGACCCUCCACCUGGUUGGCUUGGGAGGCAUGGGAGUCUGUGCCGCCGUCAUGACUAUCGCCCUGGUGUGGAAGGACACUAUAACAUGGAUGAGCUACCUCAGCAUCGUUGCUAUCCUCGUCUUUGUGGCUUUCUUCGAAAUUGGCCCCGGCCCCAUCCCCUGGUUCAUUGUGUCCGAGCUCUUCAGCCAGGGCCCUCGUCCUGCUGCCGUGGCUGUGGCUGGUUGCUCCAACUGGACAUCCAAUUUCCUGGUGGCCAUGCUCUUCCCCUAUGCAGCGAAAUAUUGUGGUAAUUAUGUCUUCAUCAUCUUCAUUGUCUUCCUUGUGAUCUUCUUCAUCUUCACCUUCUUCAAAGUCCCUGAGACAAAAGGCCGGACUUUUGAUGACAUCUCUAGCGGUUUUGAGAGGCGAGCAGAAGAUGGUGUUGCCACGGCAACUGUGGAAAAAGGCCCAGUGAUGGAAAUGACCAGUAUACAGCCUGUGAAAGAGGAUGUUGCUGUAGAUCUUUAACAUCCAUUGUGGACACUCUGCUGUUGUCCCUGAUCUAAGUGGAGCUCCACGUCAGGAGAGAAGCUGGAGCCUCCUUCCUUGUUUCUGCCAAGACUCUUGCAAAACACUGAAGUGAGUCUGUUGCACCAAACCCUCUUUCCAAUCCUGGCAAAACUAACCCGUCCCUUUUCCCUGCUGCGCAUCUGUGGAGACUGGAGAAGAAUCGCUCAGUGUUGUUGUUUUGUGUGUGUUUUUAAAGUUGCAUUUCGCUUGAAUUGUCACACAGGGUGAACUUGUUUUAUCGCCUGUAUUGGUCAGUUUUGGCUUUGCUUUUCCUUGAGUAGUGGGGCUUGAAGCAACCAAACAACUCCUGACCCAUCUCUCGCUAGAGUGUUUUCUACUGUGUGAGGGGAGCGUGUCCCAAGACACUGGCAAUUAAUUAAGUGGGAAAAAGAAGCCAUUGCUGCAUUUCAUUUAUCCUCAGGAAAUGGGGAUCAGUGUGCAAGAGAUUUUUCCUCUCCUUUUGGGGGGACUGGCUGUAAAAUUUUAUUUGUGUGAGUUUAUUUGUGUCAUUUUAUGUAAAAAUGUCAUCCUGUGUAAAUAUGAACCAGACAAAACGUUUAAGGAUAAAUAACUCUUUUACA